CAGCGGCGGCGGCGGCGGCGGGGUCCUGGCGUGGGCCAGCAGGGAGGGAGAGACGCGGGCCGAGGGCCACAGUGGAUGGUUUCUAAAAUGAUCAUCGAAAACUUCGAAGCGCUCAAAACCUGGCUCAGCAAGACCCUCGAGCCUAUCUGUGAUGCUGACCCAUCAGCUCUAGCUAAAUAUGUUCUUGCUUUGGUAAAGAAGGAUAAAAGUGAAAAAGAGCUGAAGGCUUUAUGUAUUGAUCAGCUGGAUGUAUUUCUUCAGAAGGAGACACAGAUAUUUGUAGAGAAACUUUUUGAUGCUGUGAAUACGAAGAGCUACCUACCUCCACCCGAACAGCCAUCAUCAGGAAGUCUAAAGGUAGAAUUUUUUCAACACCAAGAAAAAGAUAUAAAAAAGGAAGAGGAGAAUGAUCUUCAGACUGGAAAGGAUAGAACAAACAUGGUUAAAAGGGAAUUGGAGCCAAAGAUAGGUGAGGAGAUAGUGAGAGAGCACCUAGCGACUCUAAAUGAGUUCAAGUCUCCUGGCCUGGACGAAUUACACCCUAGGGUGCUGAAAGAACUCACAGAUGUGAUCGCUGAACCGCUGUCGGUGAUCUUUGAUGAAUCGUGGAGAACGGGAGAGGUGCCACGGGACUGGAGACGGGCAAAUGUCCCAAUUUUCAAAAAGGGGAAGAAGGUGGAUUCCACAAACUACAGACCGAUCACAAAGGAGGAGGAACGAGAGAAGAAGUUUUCUAGAAGGUUAAAUCAUAGUCCUCCCCAGUCAAGUUCCCGGUACAGAGAAAAUAGGAGCCGUGAUGAAAGGAAAAAGGAUGACCGUUCUCGAAAAAGAGAUUACGAUCGAAACCCACCUAGAAGAGAUUCCUAUAGAGACCGGUAUAAUAGAAGAAGAGGGCGAAGCCGAAGUUAUAGUCGAAGUCGGAGUCGGAGUUGGAGUAAAGAGCGAUUGCGAGACAGAGAUAGAGACAGAAGCAGGACCAGAAGCCGAAGUCGAACACGAAGCAGAGAAAGAGAUCUGGGAAAACCAAAAUAUGACCUGGAUAGAACAGAUCCAUUAGAAAACAACUAUACUCCAGUUUCUUCUGUAACUAACAUUUCAUCCGGCCACUAUCCUGUUCCUACUUUGAGCAGUACUAUUACUGUUAUUGCUCCUACUCAUCAUGGUAAUAACACUACAGAAAGCUGGUCUGAAUUUCAUGAAGACCAGGUGGACCAUAACUCUUAUGUAAGACCUCCAAUGCCAAAGAAACGUUGCCGAGAUUAUGAUGAAAAGGGUUUCUGUAUGAGAGGAGAUAUGUGCCCUUUUGAUCAUGGAAGUGACCCUGUAGUUGUAGAAGAUGUAAACCUUCCUGGCAUGCUGCCAUUCCCAGCACAACCCCCUGUUGUUGAAGGACCACCCCCUCCUGGACUUCCCCCACCUCCACCAAUUCUGACACCUCCACCUGUGAAUCUUAGACCUCCUGUGCCACCUCCAGGUCCAUUACCACCUAGCCUUCCUCCUGUCACAGGGCCACCACCUCCACUUCCUCCUUUGCAGCCAUCUGGCAUGGAUGCUCCUCCAAAUUCUGCAACCAGUUCUGUUCCUACUGUAGUAACAACGGGUAUUCAUCACCAGCCUCCACCUGCACCACCCUCUCUCUUCACAGCAGUUUUUGUAUUACCAGAUACAUAUGACACAGAUGGCUAUAAUCCUGAAGCCCCAAGCAUAACAAACACUUCCAGACCUAUGUAUAGACACAGAGUGCAUGCCCAAAGGCCUAAUUUGAUAGGACUUACUUCAGGAGAUAUGGAUCUGCCACCCAGAGAAAAGCCUCCUAAUAAAAGCAGUAUGAGGAUAGUGGUUGAUUCAGAGUCAAGAAAAAGAACUAUUGGAUCAGGGGAACCUGGAGUUCCUGCUAAGAAGACUUGGUUUGACAAGCCAAACUUUAAUAGAACAAAUAGCCCAGGUUUUCAGAAGAAGGUUCAGUUUGGAAAUGAAAAUACCAAACUUGAACUCAGGAAAGUUCCUCCAGAAUUGAAUAAUAUCAGCAAACUUAAUGAACAUUUCAGCCGAUUUGGAACUUUGGUCAACUUACAGGUUGCCUUUCAUGGUGAUCCUGAAGGUGCACUUAUUCAAUUUGCAACAUAUGAAGAAGCAAAAAAAGCGAUCUCUAGUACAGAAGCAAUCCUGAAUAAUCGUUUUAUUAAAGUCUAUUGGCACCGAGAGGGAGCUGCCCAGCAACUGCAAACAUCUUCCCAGAAAGUUAUACAACCUUUAGUCCAGCAGCCCACUUUGCCUAUUGUGAAGCAGUCUGUGAAAGAACGAUUAGGUCCAGUCCCUUCAAGUAAUAUUGAACCCGCAGAAGCCCAGAGUGCUAGUACAGAUAUUCCUCAGAAUGUAACUAAGUUAUCUGUGAAGGACAGGUUGGGUUUUGUAUCAAAGCCAUCUGUUUCAGCAACUGAAAAGGUGUUGUCUACUUCAACUGGCCUCACAAAAACAGUGUACAAUCCAGCUGCUUUGAAAGCUGCACAGAAAUCCUUACCUGCUGUUUCCAUCUCUACAUUAGAUAACAAUGAAGCACAGAAAAAAAAACAGGAAGCACUAAAACUGCAACAGGAUGUGAGAAAGAAGAAGCAAGAGAUUUUAGAAAAGCACAUUGAAACACAGAAGAUGUUAAUUUCAAAACUGGAGAAAAACAAAGCAAUGAAGUCUGAAGAUAAGGCAGAAAUAAUGAAAACUUUGGAAGCUUUGACAAAUAGCAUUACUAAAUUAAAAGAUGAGUUGAAAGCUGUUUCAUCUGGAAGCUCCCUUCCCAAAAGUGUGAAAACCAAAGCUCAGAUGCAGAAAGAAUUAUUGGAUACGGAAUUGGAUUUGUAUAAGAAGAUGCAGGCUGGAGAAGAAGUCACUGAACUUAGGAGAAAAUAUACAGAACUGCAGCUUGAAGCUGCAAAAAGAGGGAUUCUUUCAUCUGGUCGAGGAAGAGGAAUUCAUUCAAGAGGUCGAGGUACAACUCGAGGCAGAGGAAGGGGUCGUGGUCGAGGGAGAGGUGUUCCUGGUCAUGCUGUGGUAGACCAUCGCCCAAGAGCAUUAGAGAUCUCUGCAUUUACUGAGAGUGAUAGAGAAGACCUCCUCCCCCAUUUUGCGCAAUAUGGUGAAAUUGAAGAUUGUCAGAUUGAUGAUUCCUCUCUUCAUGCGGUAAUUACAUUCAAGACAAGAGCAGAAGCAGAAGCAGCUGCAAUUCAUGGAUCUCGUUUCAAAGGGCAAGAUCUUAAACUGGCCUGGAAUAAACCUGUAAUUAACAUGUCAGCUGUUGAAGCAGAAGAAGUUGAGCCUGAUGAGGAGGAAUUUCAGGAAGAGUCUUUGGUGGAUGACUCAUUGCUUCAAGAUGAUGAUGAAGAGGAAGAAGACAAUGAAUCUCGUUCUUGGAGAAGAUGAUUUGACUCAUCAUUGAUCUGCAAAUGCUAGGACUCUACCUGUGUUUCAUUAGUAUUACCUAAUGUACUUUUACAUAUUUGUAAAAACAAUUUUUUGGUAAAAUGUGAUGAAGAUGGAUUUCAAAAAUAGACUAAAGAGAAGAAACUACCUUCUGAUCCUGUAUUUUGAAAGAUUGCUGUUUGAGUUUUAUUUCAGUAAACAAUUGCUAAAGACAUCACACUAGAAACAUAUGCAAUGUUUUUAUUACAUACUUCUACUGAGCGUUACAGAAUUCUUUGGGUUCUUUGUAAUUUAAUGAAUAGGUCUGAAAAAAUAUAUGACCAAUACUUGUUAUAACUUAGAGGAUUUUUGUUUUAUUCCAAAGUAUCAGAUGGAUUUGCAUUAAAAAUCUUAAAUGAAUGUUUCCAAAAAUGAAUAGAUAACAUAGUACUAAAGUCUCCAAGUUAUGUAUUCAUAAUAUUGCAUAGUAGUAUGCUUAGGCUUUACUAUGUACUAGCCUUUUGUUUAACUUGUGUAUGUAUUUUACAAAUGGGUUUUAAUGAUAAUGGUGUAUGACUGCUUUGCAUAUAAAUCCUUAUGACUUUAAGAUGUUUGGAAAAAAAAUAAAGUGGAAUGGUCUCUUUAAAAAAAAAAGAAAAAAGAAAAAAAGCAAUAACCAAAAAAAAUGUUCCCUAAUUUAAAAAAAAAAAAAGAAAAGAAAAGAAAAAAAAACUAAAAUAAAAAAAAGACCAUUCCAAAUGGUGACCACCCCUUUCCCCCAGUACUCACAAAAAGAGCUAUAAUCACUAAUUAUUCAUAACAGUAGUUUAAUGGUACCUUUACAAUAAUGUACAAUCUGAUGCCUAAAAUAUUACACCACUUCAGUUUGGUUUGAUCCUUUAAAUUUCCAACAGAUGUCUUAAAAUUAAAAAGUUAAAAAACAGGCUGAUUAGUUUGGAACCACACUUCAAGUAGACCUAAUUUGAUGAAUAAGAAAACCAUCAGAUUACUUUUUGGAUAUAUGAAAGAAAACUUGACCUUGUGAAGAUAAAUGAAUAAAGAAAUGUACUAUAAAUUAGUACUUAGGAAAACAUUGUUUGUAGUCAUGAAAGAUGCCAAAUUGACAGAGGCACAAGUUCCUUCUCUUUGCACCAAACAGCAGAGUUCUAUCAACAUUGGCCGAACUUUAGCUUAGAGGCUACAUUGACAAGAUUUGUUCCUGUCUGGAAGAAGACCAUUAUAAAUAUGAUGUGAUACCAUUGUAUACUUGUCUCCUGUUAACUUGAAUUAAUGUUUGGUUUUGAUGCAUAAUUAGCUUUAGUUUUUGGUAGUAUGAAAGGCAACAACUGUUUAUCCCCUGAACUUUGUGUCUGAAUGAGUUUUGUCUUUGGCUAACAUUAUCUUUGAAUACCAAUUUCAGUUUGGGUGUUUUAUGUUCUUCCUUUUAAAAUCAGGUUGCUAUUAUUGCAAAUACAUGAGGGAAAACUAUUAAUUUUAAGUUUCUUAACUUCAGAUAUGUUAAACAUGAGUCAAGUUGCAAAGCUUUGUUUAUAAAGUAUGUCUGCAAAGCCAGUUUUUUUUUUUUUUUCCUUAGCAGUUGGGAAUUAUGAAAAUUGAAAAAGGUUAAAGUUGCAGUUGGUCAUGGAGAUGGCUUGGAUCUUAAGUUUUCUCUGCUUAAUGGGAUCUGGAAAUGGGUAGUGACUGUAGGCUAUCAAGAUUUUGUUUAAUAACUUUACAAAUUCCUUUAAAAAUGCCAAAAGGUCUUCUCUGGAUAAUUGUUUUUUGGUUGUUAAUCCUUCGGAACAGAGAGUAACUUGCUGUCAUUUCAAGGGACAUGUUUUAACCUGGGGAAUUAUAAAUAUUUUGAUGUCCAGUUAGUAUCUUUGCAUUUGAGAAGUUUUCAUUAAAGACUGAAUUCCAGCA